AUGGCUGAGGAGGCGAAAGCCAAGGGCAACGCGGCCUUCUCAGCUGGCCGCUUCGACGAGGCGGUGCGACACUUCACGGCGGCGAUCGACCUCGCGCCCACGAACCAUGUCCUCUACUCUAACCGCUCCGCCGCCAACGCCUCCCUCCACCGAUACGCCGAGGCCCUUGCCGACGCCGAGAAGACGGUUGAGCUGAAGCCCGAUUGGCCGAAGGGAUAUGGCCGCCUUGGGGCCUCCCUCGUUGGGCUCGAGAGCUUCGACGACGCCGUCUCCGCCUACCGGAAGGGCCUGGAGAUCGAGCCCCACAACGAAGCCCUGAAGGCGGGCCUUUCGGAUGCUCAGGCGGCCGCUGCGCGGGCGCAUAGGGCGCCGCCGGGGUCCUCCCCGUUUGGGAACAUCUUCGAGGGCCCGGAGCUGUGGGCGAAGCUGACGGCGGAUCCGUCCACAAGGAGCUACCUGCAGCAACCAGACUUCGUGAGGAUGAUCCAGGAAGUACAGCGGAACCCCAAAAACCUCAACACUUACCUCUCGGACCAGAGGAUGAUGCAGGCCCUGGGGGUCUUGCUGAAUGUGAAGGUGAGGACGUCUGAGGAGAUGGAGAAGGGGGCUCCCGAGGCGGAGCUGCCGAAUAAGAGUCCGAAAUCAGAGUCAUCUCAGCGUGCUCCAGAGUCGCAGCCAGAACCAGACCCAGCACCUAUGGAAGUGGAGAAAGACGAUGAGGGAAAGCGGAGGAAGGCAGAGGCACAAAAGGAGAAGGAAGCGGGAAAUUCGACAUACAAGAAGAAGGACUUUGAUACGGCAAUCCAGCACUAUACUAAAGCGCUUGAGCUCGAUGAUGAGGACAUCUCUUUCCUUACGAACAGGGCUGCGGUAUAUUUGGAAAUGGGCAAGGUAAGGGGAUCCCUUCUCAACUCUUAUCGUCAAACACUAGCAAAAUUUCCUGGUUUUACGUCAGAAAUGAGAAUAUAUCGUGCUCUACACCGCUGUUCACAGUGUUACUUAAUUGUUCUUAACGAUUUCAAGGUGAUUUGGCUAGUUUUUCUUGGGUAUGUGAUUAUUUUCUGCUUCGUUCUUUUUUUUUUCGAUAGGUAGCGCAAUUAAUACAUCAUUGGGUCUCUUAUUAAUAAAAAAAUCGCAUUAUUUGUUAUCUGUUAAACUAGGAUUUCCAUAAUGAAUCUCUAGACUCGAUGUAUUGGACGAUUUAUUUUUUUUAACAAUAUUUUCACCUUGUGGAAAAUUCCUCGCGCUUUAUCUAAUUUUUAUUGUACAUGACGAUCGAACAGUGUCGCCUUGCCAGUAAUCAAGUUGUCUAGUGUUUCGCCCGUUCGUACUAGCAAUUUUUCUCACUCGGAACGUGGAGAGAUCAUUCCAGAACAUAACGUGGUCGGAGAGAACUGAGAAACUUGGUGUCUAAUGGUCAGAAAAAAUAUUUCUAGCUCUCAUUAUUAUCCUAUAAUCUUAUAUGUCACUCAUCUGGUCAAUGUAGGGCCUGAAGAACCAAGCAGAGCGCAGCAGUGUCCACAGUUUUUUGUCCACUUGCAUAGCUUAUGAUCUUCCUUCUUCCUUUAGAUUUUCGCUGCAAUUCAACCAGAUUCAGAACGUGUUUCACUAUCUGCUGUUGACUUUUCAAUUUAAAAACCAGGGAGCAGACUGGGCCGCAGUCCCUUUUGCCUUAGAAUGGGUGUUGCGAUUCUGGACACCAAUUAGUUCUCCCAUCGACUCUUUCUGCUACCUAUGAAUUAUGAAACCCUUUUGAAAUAGCAUUCAGAAAACAUACCAUCAGAAACAGAAUAAACGUUUUGGAAGCAUUGACACGUCCCUGUCCCUCAAAUGCCCGCAGACAUGGCAUUAUUCUCUGGUUUGAUGGGGAAAGCAGUUUGAUUUCUGUCAGUUUUAUUAAUUUAAAGCGUUCUACACGUAUUUUCUUCAAAUACUGGUUAUUAGACAUUUGCCAUAAAACUUUCCCUCUUGUUUUCCGUAUCUAAUGACGCUACCAUGAAAUAAUUAUCCUCAAAGUCAAAUGUAUGUUCGCUGUGUGAUGCUCAUAUCUGAGCUCACUCGGUAUGAGAACCCUUCUUUAGUUUGAUCAGGGCGACUUAGGAUGGUGAGCUGAAAUUCAUGAAGCCCUAGAACAUGUAUCUCAUCAUCUUCUUGAUUUUGGAAGAUUAAGGCCCAUUUCUUAUGAUUUCUGAUGACCGAUCCAUGUCGUUUAGUACGAGGAGUGCGUCAAGGAUUGUGACAGAGCUGUCGAGAGGGGCCGAGAGCUUCGUUCUGAUUUCAAGAUGAUCGCAAAGGCGUUGACUAGGAAGGGCACGGCAUUGGUCAAGCUGGCCAAGACUUCAAAGGAUUAUGAGCCCGCUAUUGAGAGCUUCCAGAAAGCGCUGACUGAGCACCGAAACCCUGAUACAUUGAAGAAACUUAAUGACGCCGAGAGAGCGAAGAAAGACUUAGAGCAGCUAGAAUAUUAUGACCCAAAUUUGGCUGAUGAAGAACGCGAGAAAGGUAAUUGCCCACUCAAUUGCUCUUUUACACUUCAUCGGAUGCCUCUGCUACUCGUGUGUUUCUACAGAAUCAGUGCCGUCGAAUUAGAUUUAAUUUAGAUUUUUUGUCAAAUCUGUCUCUCUUUUACCAGGAAACGAGCUCUUCAUGCAGCAGAAAUACCCAGAAGCUGUGAGGCAUUACACAGAGGCUCUGAGGAGGAAUCCUCAUGAUCCAAAGGUGAGAGAUUUCGAUCUUUGAGCCGCCGCAGUGUUCAUGAUUCUUCCCGGACGAUUCUGAUUAGGCCUUAUCAGCUUCAAUCUCUCUUGGUUUUGAUAUUCAGACCCACUAGAAGGAUCUCAUAAUCAAGGUUUCGGAAUCGCUUCCCCUUGGUUCACUGAUUUAUAUUGAUCUCUCCAGGUUUAUAGCAACAGGGCGGCGUGCUACACGAAGUUGGGGGCCUUGCCAGAGGGGCUGAAGGACGCCGAGAAGUGCAUCGAGCUUGACCCAUCCUUCUCGAAGGGGUACACCAGAAAAGGAGCCGUUCAGUUCUUCAUGAAGGAAUACGACAAAGCUCUGGAGACGUACCAGGAGGGCCUGAAGCACGACCCAAGCAACCAGGAAUUGCUGGACGGAGUCCGCAGGUAGGCUUUCUUGAGGGGCCAGAUUUCUUCAGCCCCCCUACCUGUUCUGCGCGCUCGGUGAUUACUUAUUUCUGUCCCCCGAACCAGGUGUGUCGAGCAGAUCAACAAGGCUAACCGGGGAGAGAUCAGCCCGGAUGAAUUGAAGACGAGACAGGUCCGUUGACCCGUUCAGUGUGCUCAGUCUGCUGCUGGGUUCUGCCCGGUCAGAUCAUCUGACACAGACUUUUUGACAGGCCAAGGCGAUGCAGGACCCGGAGAUACAGAACAUUCUCUCCGAUCCCAUCAUGCAGCAGGUAAAAAUCCCAGCGGCAAUGCCGUGACCCUUCAAAAAUCGGCGGGAUCUGCCGUUAGGAUUGCCAUCUGACGAGGAGCUGGGGGGAUUUUUGGUGGUGGACAGGUGUUGGUUGACUUCCAGGAGAACCCCCGGGCUGCGCAGGAGCAUCUGAAUAGCCCGCAGGUGAUGCAGAAAAUCCAGAAGCUCGUGAGCGCAGGAAUAGUCCAGAUGAGGUGA